GGCGAGAAACUGGGUCACCGAUUGAAAAUCGUUUAUGUCAUCGCGCAGUGUGUUGCUAUUACAUAUCACCAGCGACGUUGAAUGGAUAGACGGAUUUCCUAGCGUUUUUUUCAGAAGCUGAAGGGUCACAGCAGCUUCAUAAAGGUCACUUCAAACUGUGGCAGGCCACAUCAAAGUGGAUGAAACCAAAUCAGGCUGAAUCGAAACCGAUUCAGACCAGAAGUGAGAACGGAGCAGACCAGACUGAUUCACACUAUACCAGGGACGUCCAGGGAUCCUGUUCCAGUUUCUUAUCCAGUUGAGGGCUCAAGGGUGGAUGGAAGGAGAUGAUUUUAACACACAGGCUGUGAUGAACAUCUGUGAUGACCUGAUGGCAGACCAACGGAUGGACAUCUCGUCUACAAUGACUGAAUUCAUAUCCCCCAGCUCCACUGAACUCAUCUCCAGCUCUAUCAGCACGGCUGGCAUGGACUACACCCGCAAGAGGAAGGGCAGCAGCACAGACUACCAAAUCGAUGGCUUCUCAUUUGAUGACAUGGAUUCAGAUAAAGAUAAACUGAGCAGUGACCAACAGGGCAGAAAAAACGCCAGAGAGGCUCACAGCCAGAUCGAGAAGCGUCGCAGGGACAAGAUGAACAGCUUCAUCGACGAGCUGGCGUCGUUGGUGCCCACCUGUAACGCCAUGUCCCGUAAGCUGGAUAAGCUGACAGUCCUGCGAAUGGCCGUCCAGCACAUGAAGACGCUCAGAGGUGCAGCCAACCCGUACACAGAAGCAAACUACAAACCUUCCUUCCUCUCAGAUGAUGAACUAAAGCAUUUGAUACUCAGGGCUGCUGAUGGAUUCCUGUUUGUGGUCGGGUGCGAUCGAGGCAAAAUUCUUUUCGUUUCUGAAUCUGUGUACAAGAUUCUCAACUACAGCCAGAAUGACCUGAUAGGUCAGAGUCUGUUCGACUACCUUCACCCCAAGGACAUCGCUAAAGUCAAAGAGCAGCUGUCCUCCUCAGAUACAGCCCCACGAGAGAGACUCAUUGACGCUAAAACUGGUCUUCCUGUGAAGACGGACAUCACUCCGGGUCCAUCUCGACUCUGUUCCGGAGCCAGACGGUCAUUUUUCUGCAGAAUGAAGUGCAACAGACCUUCUGUCAAAGUAGAAGAUAAAGAUUUCCCCUCGACCUGUUCUAAGAAAAAAGCUGACCGUAAGAGCUUUUGCACCAUCCACAGUACGGGCUACCUAAAGAGCUGGCCGCCCACAAAGAUGGGGCUUGACGAAGACAACGAGCCAGACAACGAGGGCUGCAACCUAAGCUGCCUGGUAGCCAUCGGCCGCCUGCACCCCCACAUCGUCCCGCAGCCCAGUCUGGCGGACAUCAGAGUGAAGCCCACAGAAUACGUCUCCCGGCACGCCAUCGACGGGAAGUUUGUCUUCGUAGACCAGAGAGCUACGGCUAUCCUAGCGUACCUGCCCCAAGAACUGCUGGGAACCUCCUUUUACGAGUAUUUCCACCAGGACGACAUCAGCCACCUGGCAGAGUGUCACAGACAAGUGCUGCAGAUGAGAGAAAAGAUCAACACCAACUGUUACAAAUUCAAAAUCAAAGACGGUUCUUUCAUUACGUUGAGGAGCAGAUGGUUCAGCUUUAUGAACCCUUGGACCAAGGAGGUGGAGUACAUCGUCUCUACUAACACUGUUGUAUCGUGUCCUAUUAUGGAAGGAUCAGAUUAUCCCCAGUCUGCUGUAUCACCACAGAGUAUGGACAGUGUUCUGACCUCAGAGGGUGGGGGGAGACGGGCGCUGCAGACCGUGCCUGGCAUCCCUGGUGGCACAAGAGCAGGAGCUGGGAAGAUCGGCCGCAUGAUAGCAGAGGAAGUGAUGGAGAUUCAGAGGAUUCGAGGCUCGUCCCCCUCCAGCUGUGGCUCAAGCCCUCUGAAUAUCACCAGCACCCCUCCGCCUGACACCUGCUCCCCAGGGGCCAAGAAAAUUCAGAAUGGGGGAACACCCGAGCUGCCGAGUACAGGGAUCAUUGCUGGACCUGAUUCUGUUGGCUACCCUUACUCCAACCAGUCCAUCAUGAGCGACAACUCCCACCUGAGCAUAGACAUCAUAGACGAGCCCGGCUCCAGCAGCCUCAGCAACGACGAGGCGGCCAUGGCGGUCAUCAUGUCCCUGCUGGAGGCGGACGCCGGCCUGGGCGGCCCCGUGGACUUCAGCGACCUGCCCUGGCCUUUGUGAGGAAGCAGGGAGGGACGAUCCAGAGCCACUGAUGGAGAGUCCAGCUGGCCUUUGUGAGAAAGCAGGGAGGGACGAUCCAGAGCCACUGAUGGAGAGUCCAGUUGGGCUCGCAUGUUUCCUGCUCUUUUCCCAACAACUACACUGCAAAAACGCCUCAACAGGCAGGAGUGUUUAGGUGUAAAUACUCCAGAUUUUUACAGAGGAGAGAAUAUUUCUCUUAGAUGUUGUUUCCAGCUCCGACUGGGAAGG